GGGCGGGGAAGGGAUAGAAUCUGAGAGCGAGGCUGGAUGAGACGUGAGCGAGGUCGGGCGCGUGCACCUGCCUAUACCCCGCCCCUCAGGUGUGUGAAGGUGCGGCUGCAGGAGCGGGCGUGGUCCCAGUGCUGCCCGGGCGUGACCGGCUUCUUGAGUGCCUAGGAUAGAGGGUAGUGGGCCUUGACCGCCAUUCCCGGGACGCCGCGGAGCAGGCGGUGUUCCCAGGGUUCUAGUCCUGGUUCUAGAACCUGUAAGCGCUGGUAUGGCUAAGAAAAACGAUUCUUCAUUUUCUGAUGUUGUAAAGGAAGUUGUAGAGCAACAGCAAUCCCAAACAUCUGAAAUAGAGAAAAACAAAAAAAUUCUGUUCCAGUUACAGAAUGAAGUCUGUGAAUUUGAGAAACAAAUAGGAUCUGUCAUAGCAGAGACCAAAGAAAUAGAAAAGCACAUUUAUCAACAAGAAAGUAAAAUAGAAGAAACCAAGCUUCGUUGUGGAAGCCUAGAGGCUCAGAUCAAAUCCUUACAUGCAGAAAAUGUAAAGCUCAAAUUUUCCAUAGAAACAGCACAAGAAGAGUUUGAAGAGUUCCGUAUAAGAAAUAAUGGAUAUGAUCAGAAAAUAAGAAUAUAUAAAGAAGGUAUUGCUGAGGCAGAAAAUAAAUGGCCAUUUAUGAUUGAACUUCAUCUGAAAAAAGAAGAAAUUAAAAAAUUAAUGACAAAGAAAAAGGAACUGACCCAUGAUCUCCAAAAUCCAGAAGGAAACGUGAUAAAAGAAGCACAGGAUUGGGUCCCACUUGAAUUCUUGCUGUUCCUCACACGUGACACUCCAUCUUCUGACUGUCUCACUGGCUUCCCCCCAUGCCUCUUCAUUUUUGUGUCCUGGCUUCCUUGGAUUCCUUCAAGACUUAGCUUCAGUCUACCUUCUGUGCAAAAUAAAAGGUGUGAUGCUAUUUUAAAGCGCCUCCGAUGUCAGGUGAACAAGCUUCAGGCAAACAGAAGACAAUGGCAGUGGAAUAUUCAACAGAUGGAACAAACUGCGGAGGAACUAAGGAGAUGCAUAGGAAUGAGAGAUUAGAACAGUGCUCUGGCAAAAUGGAGAAUACAGGCAACAGCGCAUGUCGUCCUUGGCAUCCAGUAAAAUAAUUUGGGAAAUAAGCCUUUGGAUCAGGGACUAAUAGGGUCUAUCUUCAAAGGGACUAACGUAGUGAAUGUUUCCUUCCUUGUAUUAAAAUCAACUCUCAGUUGUUAAUUAAGUUGUUAAUUAAACUACAGUUGAGAACAGGUAUGUGGUAGAAGAGUCUCUGUAGAAAUUUGUACUGAUUUGUGCAGAUGAGUUAUAGAGAAAGAAGCCUUCUCGACAGUUGAACUAUAUGGAUGGGCUGACUGGGAAAGACCUCUUUUUACAGAGAGUCAACUCAGUUAAAUGCUGAACUGUUUGAAAAUUAAGCAUCUAAUUCUGUUCUUUCUUCUCUUUUGUGUUUCAUUUAGCACCAACAAACUGUAAAACAUUUGGCAAGAAAAUAAUACUUCUGAAUUUAUAAUAAUUUCCAUUUUAAAGUAUUUUAAACCUGAUACUUUAGAAAGAAAAUGAAUAUCUAUUUCAAACUGUGUUAGAACUUGCCUUCUAGACAUCCAUUUUAGCAGUAGUCUAUAACAAAGAUGUUUACAUUAAUUCAUUGUUACAGGUUCAAAAAAGUGUAACUUUUCUAUUUUGUCCAGUAGGUGGCAAUUUAGUACCAUUUUAAUCAUUUUCUUUGUUACAGAAUGGAAAUUGAAGUAUUGUAGUUAUGGUUUUAAAAAAGCAUCAAUAAAGCUUACUGUGUUUUUCAAUAUAUA